UAAUACGUACUUUUUUGUUAUACGUUACCACAUGCCUUAGACAUCCAACAAUCAUGGACAACGCGUCAAGUUUUGUCUCGACAACAACGAGCACAGACCCGAUAGAUGACGGGCCGCUAACGAGCGGGCCUGAUGUCGGUAUGACCAUCAACGCUAUUCUGAAACUCAUCUUCUAUGUCAUCGUCAUGAUUCUCGGCAUAUUAGGCAACAGCUUGAUCCUGAAAGUCUACUGGUCCAAGCCUCAGAAGACCAGUACCCACGUGUUGAUCAUGGGUCUGGCUUGGGUUGAUCUCAUGGUGUGUGUCUGUCGCGUCUACAGUUUGGGUUUCUUCAUCUGUGUCCUCCUUGGGCGAGAGCUCCCAAGCGUGUUUACCGUCAUCAGCAUCUUCAACGCCGUUAAUGUUUUUGCGUCUAUCACUGUGACAGGUGCCAUCGCGGUGGAGCGGUACGACUGCGUCUGUCGACCGGGCAAAAGGCUGCUGAAUCACCGCUGGGCCAAGCUCAUGAACUUCGGUUCGUACCUCGCCGCCGUUGCAGUGUGUAUACCAAUCACUAUAAACACCCUAUCUCCCUCCGUGACCGCCCGCAAAGUCUCUUUGACGUCACCAUUGCUUCUCUAUCUUGCUGUAGUGUUCGUUGUCGUGAUUUGCUACGGGAAAGUCUACCAAGCCAUACGGAAACACGUAAAGGUCAAUGUACUGAGCCGUCAUGGACCAGGGCCCAGUUGGUCCACGGCUGUUGAGGCCGAGAGCAGACGACACGAUGCUCCCGUCGUCAAGGGGGUUACUUUCUCGCCAGCUCUGCCAUCCUCCGGCAAAGAACCUUUGACAGCUGAGCGGUCCAGACCCAGGUCCGUCUUUGUCGUCUCAGCCACACAAGCCGGACCCUCGACAACCCCCACAGAUGCCCGGAGACAUCUCGCCGAUGUCCCUUCAUCAACGGGGAACCGUGCACCGGCAUCGCAGAACCACGAGGAUGACCGCGAACCGAGGACCCCCAAUCCCCAGGCCAGAGACAUCCCGUCCGGUACGACGAUGGCAUUCCAGAGGAAGACAACGCGUAUGUUAUUCGUCACCAGUGUGGUGUUCCUUGUCACCUGGGUACCCUACUGGCUUUAUAUCGCUGUCGCUCUUCACAAGACCAACGGCGGUGACGUUCACCCCAACGUGCUGUCGGUCUUGUACAACUGUACGCUGUCUGUGUACAUCAACAAUGUCGUCAACCCUUUCAUCUAUGGACUCGCUAGUAGGCGCUUUAGAAAAGACUGUUUUGAUGUGCUCAGAAAACUUAAGCCUUGUUGAACGAUUCAGCAUUCUUUUACCCCCAAAACACCGAGGCAGAAUCUCCUCCCUGUACAUAUAUUCACGGUCGCCGUGGCAAAGGUGAAGAAAUAAUGCAAUGUGUUAAGAAUUUCACAUUAAAAUAAAAUUAAAUUCCAACAUUUCAGUAUGAUAAUUGAAAUUGCACUGUACAAAUCGCCUCACGAUGGUCAAUAGGAUAUUACACUUUCUUUAUUGUGAAUGAUCGAGGUUGUUUCAUUUGAAAAAAAACCCUGAAGAUUGAUCUUUUGUGUAAUUUCAAGUUCACACUCCCAAUUUUAUUCUCAGAGAGGAACCACUGUAUAGUAAAGACCCAGCGGAGAUACAUUUUUGUGUGCGUUCUAAAGACCCGAUGGCACCCAUUAUCUCUUAACCAUAUAAGGAACAUGUUCUGAUCUCAAGCAAUGCUAAGCCAUGGUAUGUAAACCAAGAUAUCUUUUUCACUCCUCGCCACAUGGAUGCACUGAAGGCCUCUUAUUUGCUGCUAUUUUGUAAUUCGUUUUUCCGUUCAAAACCUUGUCAGAGAAACUUUAGGAAAAUUUGAAAGAUUUUCUAGUUUUUAUUGUUGGAUGCGAUUUUGGGAGCCAUUUGUAACAUCGAAAUUAGCAUUGCCCUAAAGCGUACAAAACAUUCUAUUGCUUUACUGAAUUCAUAAACCUUUGCUUUUAAAUAUUGGUUUUAUAUUUCAUAAAAUAACUGCCGGGGUAUACCUUUGCGAUAUCUCUGAUGUUAAAUGAUAGUUUCAGUUCGGGAACCCCUGAAAGUUUAUGCAGCCAUUCAGACUUGAAAUAAUACAUCAAAGCCCUCCAAGCCACCUAGGGUUUGACCAAAAGCGUGCAAAGCAGUAUAAGGUUGCACUGCCUC